AGUAAUAGUAGAUUUUCCUAUUUUUCUUAUGUUAGGCAAGGAUAAACAUCCCCCACCAAAAGUGGGAACAAAUUGAUAAGAAAUGAGCGGAAUGGGAAAAGUAAAAGAAAACAAGAUAAGAAGCAAACUGAAAAACGGUAGCUGAUGAGUGAGGAUUACCUAUUCAAACCCACCAAAUAUAACUUUCAAUCCAAUUGCGUAUUUAUCUUUAAACAUUAAAAAAAAAAAAUACAAGAAGAUCAGUAUUUAUAUAUACGUGGAUUCGUGCAAACAAACCAUCUAAAUCCCAUCUCCAUUAACCCCUCCACUUAACUGAACUCUCAGUUCCUCCUGUAUUCUCGUUUAGGACGUUUCUCUCUAAUUUUCCCCCGUACGUGUAACAUCUUUGUGGAGCUUCGCCUCACUCGUGCCUGUGUUUUUUUCUGAUUUCUUUCAUUUUCCCAUUGUUCAGAAUCCGAGUGUCGGGCGGCCGCGUCACGAUGGGAAUGAUCCGAAUCGGUGCCACAAGGAAAAAACAGAGUCCGGUUUUGGUGGUUGGAAUACUAGUGGUCGCUCUGUUUUUGGAGGCGGCGGAUGCAGAGUACCGGCGUUACAGAGAUCCAACGAAACCGAUGGGGGGCCGGAUCAGGGACUUGAUGGGGCGGAUGACAUUGCAGGAAAAGAUCGGCCAGAUGGUUCAGAUUGAUCGCAAAGUCGCUUCAGCUGACGUCGUGAAAAACUACUUCAUCGGAAGUAUAUUGAGCGGAGGAGGAAGCGUCCCGGGCCAGAAAGCUUCGCCGGAGGAAUGGAUCAAGAUGGUCAACGAGUACCAAAGGGGCGCCAUGUCGACCAGGCUAGGGAUUCCGUUGAUUUACGGGAUCGACGCGGUUCAUGGUCACAACAAUGUGUACAAUGCCACCAUUUUCCCUCACAACAUCGGCCUCGGAGCUACCAGAGAGCCAGCGCUGGUGAAGAAGAUAGGAGCAGCGACGGCGCUGGAAAUGAGAGCCACCGGAAUUCCUUACGCUUUUGCGCCCUGUAUCGCGGUGUGCAGAGAUCCGAGAUGGGGGCGGUGCUACGAGAGCUACAGCGAGGAUACGGAGAUAGUGAAGGCAAUGACGGAGCUAAUCCCAGGCCUCCAAGGAGAUGUUCCUGCUGACGCCCGCAAGGGAGUCCCUUAUGUUGCUGGAAAGAGGAAAGUGGCAGCCUGCGCAAAGCACUUUGUGGGCGACGGCGGGACGGUGAAGGGGAUCAAUGAGAACAACACCAUCAUCGACUGGAACGGCCUGAGAAGGAUCCACAUGCCUGCCUAUUUCGCCUCCAUCGUCAAAGGUGUCUCCACCGUCAUGGUCUCUUACUCAAGCUGGAACGGCGUCAGGAUGCACGCCAACCGCAACCUCGUCACCUCCUACCUCAAGGACACUCUCAAGUUCAGGGGGUUUGUGAUCUCUGACUGGCAAGGAAUCGACAGGCUCACCGACCCGCCACACGCCAACUACACUUACUCGGUAGAGAAAGCAGUUGCUGCUGGACUUGACAUGGUGAUGGUUCCACUAAACUACACGGAGUUCAUCGAUGACCUAACCCUACUGGUGAACAAAGGCGUGAUACCGAUGAGCCGAAUCGACGACGCCGUACGCAGAAUCCUGAGAGUUAAGUUCGUGUUGGGACUGUUUGACAACCCAAUGGCUGACGAUAGCAUGGUCAAUGAGCUUGGCAAGCAAGAGCAUAGAGAACUGGCGAGAGAAGCAGUGAGGAAAUCGCUUGUGCUGUUGAAGAACGGCAAAGACGGUAGUAGUAUCCUGCCACUCCCUAAGAAGGCUCCCAAGAUACUGGUCGCCGGCUACCACGCUCACAAUCUUGGCUACCAGUGUGGUGGAUGGACCAUCGAAUGGGAAGGAUUCAGUGGCAACGAUAGAACCCCUGGAACGACAAUCCUGACAGCCAUAAAAGCCGCAGUCGACCCGACCACCAAAGUCACCUACGAGGAAGCCCCAACAGCAGACUACGUGAAGGCCAACGACUUCUCGUACGCCAUUGUGGUAGUGGGAGAGCAUCCCUAUGUGGAAACGGGAGGAGACAACCUCAACCUGACCAUACCGGAUCCCGGCCCAGCCACCAUUCGGAAUGUCUGCGGAUCGGUGAAAUGCGUCGUCGUUUUGAUCUCCGGCCGUCCGCUGGUGAUCGAGCCGUACGUUGACUCAAUGGACGGCCUCGUGGCGGCUUGGCUCCCCGGCACGGAAGGUCGAGGCGUGACUGAUGUGUUGUUUGGCGACUAUGGCUUCACUGGGAAGCUUCCGAGGACGUGGUUUAGGAGAGUGGAUCAGCUGCCUAUGAAUGUUGGGGAUAAACAUUAUGACCCGCUCUUCCCCUUUGGAUUUGGGCUCACCACUGAACCGGUGAAAGGGAAUUAGAGUAGGGGAUUCUUUUCUUCUCAUCAUUGGCUAGUUCUUAUUGUUUUUUUUUUUUGUCAUAAAUUUCUUAUUGUAUUAUUGGACCAAUUAGUAUUGAUCGAAUUCUGCUCAUCAUAUAUCCUGGUAAACUGCAAAUUCAGUGUUCAUACUAAAUACAAUACUGGAGGGGGGCAGUGUUUUUUUGCUUGCCUGUGCAUACAUGCGCGUAGAUACCAUGUUUAAGCCUACAAAUUUAAGCAAAUGCUUAUAGCAUUUUUAUUGGCUAUUAGAAAUCUAGGUAGUUAGUGAUUGAUUAGUAGUUAAUAGGUUGUUGAGGAUAAAUGGGAUAUUAAUUUUUUUAAUUAAUCUUCACCAAUAUAAAAAAAAAAUUAAUGUUAGUAAUUACUAAUUUCUUUAACUAAACAAUGUCGUCUCCUUAGUGCCGCAGUGUUACUCUUGCCUUGCCCGACUAUGAGGGUAUCAAGCAACGUUGGGAUAUGGUCAAGCGAAUUCACGACAUUGUUUUAUAUCAAACACUGUCGUUUUCUAAUCCGCAGUAUCGUUUUUAGCUAAACAACACCGCUUGGUUCUACCCGCGACAUUGCUUUUCUUUCAACGACACCGUUUUUUUUAUCAUGCGACAUCGAAUCAAAUGUCGAGACUCAUUAAUGCGGCAUUUAAUUUAAUCCAGAUUAAUUUUAUGUGUAAACAAUGCCCACCCAACUUAGUUUAUAAGAAUCGAUUCUUAUGAACUAAGUUGAUGACAUAAUUUUGUCACCUAAAAUAAAUAUGAUCAAAAUGACCAUAAAUUUUACAAUGCUAAUGAGAGAAGAAGUUGGCCAUAUUUGGCUCAACCAACCAGCAAGCAAAGCAACGCAUUAUAUGGUUACUAAGACAUUCAAUGCUCAAGAUCAAUUACCAAGCCCAAACAAUAUUGCAAUGAGAUCAUAAAAUGAACCGUGAUUUACCUUUACUUCCAGCCCUCCUUGCAAUGUUGUGCAGUCAAAAGGCCGCCACUUCUCUUUUCCUGAUCUCUUGCUCCAAACAACGCUGCGACUUACAAGGCUCCAUCUUUGGCCAGCUUGCCCAGCCAUCAAAACUUUUUAGGCCAUAUGGGUCUCUCCUUUAAGAAGUAAUAAAUCCAUAUUGCGGUGAAGCAGCCGCAACAUUGCUCUUGCCAAUUAUAUUAUUUAUUUUGUCCGACCCCAUACUACAAUGUGGCGGCCGUCUAACAAUACUGUUUUGGCUCACAACUUAACUUUCACUCAUCACUGCAGUGAUAUCAUGGCCAAAUGACAUUUUUUUGGCCAAUCAUCUUACGCAACAUUGCAAUGUUGUUUGUUAAACAAAUAAGUAUGCGAGUCACAGCUUUGGCCGAAUUCUUAUUUUAUUUCAUUGCCUUCAACAGUUCGGCAAGUUCCACAGAGCUGUUUGAACUCUCUUUCUUUGCCAGCAACUCUGCAGCAAUCUCAACAAAGCUGCUCGCCCCCUUUUUUUUUAGUUUAUCUAUCAUGCGGCCAUACAAAUUUAUAUUUAAAUUUUUCUAUUUAUUUGGCCGCAGUGUUUCAACAACCUUUUAUUCCCACAACACUGCUUGUCCCAAAACAACAUGGUUUUUUCGACAAUCUAAUUCUAAACACAAACGACCAAUUUUGUUCCUCUCCUAUCACUACAAGAAAAAUGGCUUUUUGCAACCAAACAAAUUGGUUACUAAGGUAAAAAUUUGGUUAUAAAUACCUUUUUGCGACCAAAAUUUUUUGGUAGCAGCAUUGGUCACUAUAGCUGCGUUACUAAUUCCUAGCGCAACCAAAAUGUGGAUUGGUAGCAAAAAAGAAAGCUUUCGCAACCAAAAUCUCCAAUGGUAAAAAAACCUUACUUUUUCGCGACCAUUUUAAUUUGGUUGUUAUAGUCCAACCUAAUGGUUGGGAAAUAUAAUUGAUUGGUCGCGAAAAAUAAAAAUGACAACCAAUUUUAUGUGACUAUUAGUAACCAAUUUUUUUAAUCGCAAAUAUAAUUUACGUACGUUUUAUAGGUGACCAUUCAAUUUGGUCGGGAAAUUAACAUAUGUCAACCAAUUAUAUCAUUACAACGACCAAUUGUUUAGGUUACGAAAAUUUAAAGCAACCAUGAAAUUUGGUCGUGAAAAGCACAUAUGCCGACCAAUUAUAUCAUUUUAGACGACUAAUUAUAUUUGUUAUAAAAUUUUAACACAACCAUAACAAUUGGUCGUGAAAAACAUAUAUCUCAACCAACUAAAACAUUUUGGUGACCAAUAGAAUUGGUUAUGAAAGUUUAACGCAACCUUAAAAAUUGGUCGUCAAAGAUACAUAUGUUGACCAAUCAUAUCAUUUUUGGCAACUAAUCAUUUUAGUUAUGAAAUUGUUAUGCAACCAUAAAAUUUGGUCAUCAAAAAUCCAUAUACCGACCAAUCAUAUUAUCUUAGGCAACUAAAUUUAUUAGUUAUAAAAAUUGAACACAACCAUAAUAAUUGGUCGUAAAAUAUAUGAAUGGCGACCAACCAUAUCCUUUACAACUAAUUCUUAUGGUUAUAAAAGUUUAAAUGCAAUCAUAAGAAUUGGUUGCGGAAAACAUAUACGCCAACCAAAAAAUUCAUUUUAUAUGACCAAUUUUUUCGGUGAGAUUUGAGUCACUAAAAUGAAAAUAUAAAAAAUUAAUAGAAUUAUAAUAAAAAAAUUAUUUCAUAUAACAAAAUUGUUUACCAACCAAAAUUAUAAUUAUACAAUUUAUUGUUUAGUGACCAAAAUCACAAUUACACAAUCUAUUGUUUAGUAAACAAAAUUACAAUUUAUGUUUUGAAGGAAAUCACGGUUGUCGACUAGCUUGUUGCUUGCCUUCGUACUCCUUGAGCGUUAACUAAUGGUUCCUAAUUAGUGAAAGACAGCCCUUGUCCCAGCUAAGUAAUGGUAAGCUAAAAUCCAAGUGAUCAUUUCAGGACCCAAAAAAACACAAAGUGAAUGGAAAGCUUGUGAAAAUGAAUUAUUAGUAUUGAUCUCACAUAGAAAGCUGUGUUAACGCCAGCGGUGUAGCCAGAUUGGAGCUUGAUGGAAGUGCCAAAAUACUCAGAUCGAUACGAUUUCACUAACUUGAACCCACUUCCUGUAAAAAAAACAUCACAAGGCCCAACUAAAGGCCAACAAAGUAUCACAGGACUUUACCUAUAAAUAUGCUCCUAGGUCUUCCAAGUAAGGGAUCUCUUCUUCUACUCUCCUCAUUUUGACAUAUCAUAUCUCUCUCUACAUUGUCUCUCUCUACAUUGGUUCGUAAGACUAAUGUUGAUCGUCCGAGUGUAGAUACAGGGGCCAUCCCCACCCUUUCACAGAUCGACGGUCACCUUGUUUCUUGGCUGAAACAAUUAGCGCGCCAGAUAGGAGUAAACCAAAUUGUAGAAGAAGAAGCCUUUUGAUGGAUAGUCCAGAUCCGAUCGUCGUGAUCGUGGUUUGUUUCUUCUUUCUCUGUUCCCUUCCCUAAAACCUUGUUUUGUCUUUUGUUCUGGUUCCACAAAAAUCGUUAGAAUGAGCUGGAGAAAUAGGGGCAUCCUUGUAGCUUUCAGAUAUUCCUAUGUUGUCGGUAAUAGAAAAAGGCCUUGUGCGAACCGAGUUUCAAUCCAACUUUCCUUCCCACCGCAACCAUACAUGACCCCAUCAAUCCCUUUUCUAUUUUCAUUUUUUCUUCCGUUGAUGUUUAUAUUGUUUAUUCUGUUCCAAUCACCCCCUCCCACAAUAUAUGAACUGAACAAAAAAAUAAAAAGGGGAGUGAGAUAGAGAAUUUCAUAUCUACUUUCUCUCUCCUAACUAGGGUUUCGGGUGGGAGAAGAAUCGGUAGAGAAAGCUCAACCUCUACAUGAUCCAUCCUGAUCGAAGAAGAAGAUGGUGGCAAAAAAAAAGGUCACCCAGAUUCCGCCAAAUCUCACCCGCCUCCGGCUAGAGUAAUACCCGAGCCCAAUGGAGCUGAUAAGUAAGCAAAGGCGCGCCUCUCCGGCAAAGACGCGCUUAAAAGGUGUAUUGCGCUUGUGGACUCCUCAUUCUCUCUAGCAACACGACCUAGCGGUUUCUUUUUUAUAAAAAAGUGUGUGAUAAGAAAUUGGAGCAAUAGGCGCCCAGCAAUGGAUUUAGGCGCUUUCAAAGUCGAGGAAUAAUGCAGAGGCGGAGAGCACCGAGUAAUGGAUUUAGGAGCCUUCAAAGUCGAAGAAUAAUUCAGAGACCGAGACCACGCAUGGCUCUCGAGCGUCACACCCCUUCGUUCAUUCUCUGAGUUUGGAGCGCCUGACAGAGGUAGAUAUUCUGAAAUUUUGUGAUGGAAGGAGAGCGCAUACCUCCCAAAUGCUAGAUUCCCUUGGCGACUCGCCGAAUUGGGAGGCACUUUGUCAGGAAAAUCUACGGUGAGAAAAGCUGGAGGAACCGAGAAAUUAAAAUGAAAAGGAAGUCCCCAU